UUUUCGGCGAUAUUCAUGUGAAAAGGCGACCAAAUGAGCUUAAAUGGAGUUGCAGGCAUUACAAAGAGUGGGUUACUCCGUUUAACCAAUAUUACCCAAGAUGCAAUUGGCAGAGCUUUUUACUCAUCUCCUUUUCAGUUCAAGAACUCCAGCAAUGGCAAAGCUUUUUCUUUUUCAACAGCUUUUGCUUUCGCCAUGGCUCCUGCGUACCCAACCCUUGGUGGCGGCCAUGGCCUUGCUUUUGUUCUUUCUCCUUCAAAACAAAUUGCAGGUUAUCACAGUCAAUAUCUAGGCUUGCAUAAUCCAAGUGAUCAUCAUGGGAAUAAUUCAAGUAACCAUGUUUUUGCAGUAGAGUUUGAUACUUGGAGAAAUCUAGAGUUUGGUGAUAAAGAUGAUAAUCAUGUUGGCGUUGAUUUGAGUAGCAUGCAUUCAAAUGCUUCAGCUACUGCUGGAUAUUUCCUUGAGAACUCAACAAUGCAAAAGUUGAAUCUCAAUAGUGGGAAAGUGAUUCAAGCUUGGAUUGAUUAUGAUUCAGCUAUAAAUCGAUUAGAGGUUAAGCUUUCAACUUUAUCUAAGAAACCCAAAAAAUCAAUCUUGUCCUUUGGUGUUGAUCUCUCACCAUUUCUCCAUGAUUCCAUGUUUGUGGGGUUUUCAGCUUCAACAGGUAAGCUUGCAAGCUCUCACUACAUCUUGGGAUGGAGUUUUAACAUGAGUGGAGAGGCUGAAUCUUUGUCUUUACCUUCUUUACCUUCACUUCCAAGGCCUAAACAAAACUACACUGCCUUGAUCCUAUGUGUCAUAUUUCCAGCUGUUCUUUUAAUGAUAUCACUUGCUUUCAUCUCGUUUUACCUUGUUAGGAACAUGAAGAAUUUAGACAUGAUUGAGGCUAAGGACCUUGAGAUUGGUCCUCAAAGGUUUUCUUAUCAAGAACUCAAGAAAGCAACAAAGGGUUUCAAAGACAAAGAGCUACUUGGUUUUGGUGGAUUUGGCAGAGUUUACAAAGGAACUCUGCCAACCACAAACACUCAAGUUGCUGUCAAACGAAUCUCUCAUGAAUCAAAGCAAGGGAUAAGAGAAUUCCUGUCUGAGAUUUAUAGUAUCGGUCGUCUUCGCCAUAGAAAUCUUGUUCAGUUUCUAGGAUGGUGUCAAUGCAGAGGUGAUCUCUUAUUAGUCUAUGAUUUUAUGCCUUGUGGUAGCUUGGAUAAGUACCUGUUUGAUGAGCCAAAACAAGUUCUAAGUUGGGAACAUAGGUUCAAGAUCAUCAAAGGUGUGGCUUCAGGUCUUUUGUAUUUGCAUGAAGAAUGGGAACAAACUGUAAUUCAUAGAGACAUCAAGGCAGGCAAUAUUCUGCUAGAUUCUGAGCUAAAUGGAAGACUUGGUGACUUUGGUUUAGCCAAGUUAUAUGACCACGGCUCGAACCCGGGCUCGACCACGGUGGUUGGCACAUUUGGGUACUUGGCACCUGAGCUUCCAAGAACUGGUAAGCCUAGUACAAGUACUGAUGUGUUUGCAUUUGGUGCACUUUUGCUUGAAGUGGCAUGUGGGAGGAGACCUAUUGACCCAAAGGCAUUGCCUGAGGAGCUGAUCUUGGUGGAGUGGGUGUAUGAGAAGUGGCAAAGUGGGGCAGUUCUUGAAGUUGUGGAUUCAAAAUUGAAUGGCGACUUUGAUGAGUGUGAGGCUAUUCUUGUGAUUAAACUGGGCUUGAUGUGUUCCAAUGAAGUGCCAGAGGCGAGGCCUACAAUGAAGCAAGUUGUAAGGUACUUGGAGGGGGAAGUGGCACUGCCGAAACUGGUGCCAUCACCUGGUGGAUAUGGUAGAAACGAGGGCAAUCGAAGUGACAGUAUCGCGUUCGAAGAUUAUGUGCAUUCGUAUCGAAAUUCAUCGUCCGCAUGCUCAUCGGCUUUUGAAAACCAGGACAUAGAUGUUGAAGCAGGUUUAACAACACAUAUCAAUCUCAGCAGAGGAAAUGGCAGAUAGCCAUUGAAGAGCAAGACAGAGUUCUUUGCCUUUUUAGGAAUGUUUUUAGAGAAAUGCUUUUUUUUCCUUCUCUUCAAGGAUUGUUAAAAGGAUUAUAUUUUUGUAUUAUGUUCAAAGAAAUGUUUUGUAAAAAAGGGUAAAAACAAAAACUGUAAUUACAAUAGUGCUUGGACCUGUGAUUACAAUUUUAACUACGAAAUAAAUAAAAAUACUUUCUUACAAUAUAA